AUGCCGUACGCUCACGAAGGAGAUGGAAACAACGAUUCAUAUCAAAACGAGCAUAGUUCGUUUGGAUCUCAUCCUUAUGGCGGCAAUGAGACCCAAUACCCUCCGGGGCCAGCUCAGACAUAUCCCCCUCAAGGGUUUAAUCAGGUUCCAAGCGGAUACGGCAAUUCCACUCCUGCAGCUGGGACUUACGGCUCGCACGACCAAAGUAACUCAGGUUUUUAUGGUGGUCAGCAGGGAUCCUAUGCACACUCUCAGACUACUCAAAGCUAUGGCCCUUCUCACCCAGGUGCGCCUUAUGUAAACCCUCCUCAACAGGCUUACGGCCAGCCACCAACCUGGGGUCAACCAACCUAUGGAGGUAGCUACCCGGUGGCCUCGGGUCCCACCAGCGGCACGGGUUUCGACUACUAUCAAAGUAAUCCCCAGUCUUAUUGGAAUAAUGGCCGCCCCACCGGUAUCCUCGCUCAGGCUGUACAAUCAACCAGACCCGCUGGAUAUACCGGUGCUUGGCCACCCAAGGACGCUGCUUCGGGCCUUAUCGCAAUCGGCGCUUUGCUUAACAACAAAAAAAAGUCUUCCGCCCAAAGUGGAGCCUCUGGUCAGUUCAAUUCGCAGGGCCCUCCUGUUUAUGGCAGUGGAGGCUCUGAUGGACCGACUUCUGGCUAUGGAGGUCCCUCAACAGGUCAGGGAUGGUAA